CUCCGGCGGGCCGGGCCGCCCGUAUUUAAAGUGUGCCGGGGGCGGCGGAGCCGCUCGCAGGGUGAGCGCGCCCUCCCCGACAGGCGCCGCGGGGAAGGGGGGGAAAAAAAAGGGAGGAGAAACAGCAGCAGGAGGAGGAGGGAUCCUGGCAAGUUCGGUGUGGUACCAAGUCCAGGCGGGCUGCAGGGCUCGGACGGGCGAUGGAUAAGGAUGAGAUCCACCUGCGCAGGCUGCCGGCCGCCGCGCCUUGGGGACCGCACGGAGACAGUGAGUUUCAUGGGGUGGAUUUUCUGCCAGAAGAUCUCAGCGAGGUUCCAGAGGAGACAGGAAUGAGGGUGAACAAGAAAUACUCCUGUCUACCUGCUGAGGAGAAGGGGAUCCACAUCAUCAACAUCCGAGCUAUUGAGGACAUCGGAUAUGACCAGCACGAGAGCACACUAUUAAAUUCCCUGUCCAAAAAUCCGGAUGCUGACUGCAAAUACGGACUCUACUUCAGAGAUGGCAAGAGGAAAGUAGACUACAUCCUUGUUUAUCACUACAAGAAGUCCUCAGCAGGGAAGACACUUGCCAGGAGAGCUCAGCAGAAUGACUCAAGUGUCCGAAGCACCAAGCAGGACCAGCCGCUUCCCGGGAAGGGAGUGCAGCUGGAAAUGGGGGAAAGUGAACCUCACAUGGAUUACCAUGAGGACGACAAGAGGUUUCGCAGGGAGGAGUAUGAAGGGAACCUCGUGGAGGCUGGGCUGGAACUGGAACGUGAUGAGGAUACUAAAAUCCAUGGGAUUGGAUUUGUAAAAAUACACGCACCGUGGAAUGUGUUGUGUCGGGAGGCAGAAUUUCUUAAGCUCAAGAUGCCCACAAAGAAGAUGUAUCAGAUCAACCAGACCCACGGUCUUCUGAAAAAGAUUAAUUCUGUCAUUCAAAAAAUAACAGAGCCCAUCCAGCCCAAAGUGGCAGAACACAAACCUCAGACGGUGAAGCGCCUCUCCUACCCCUUCUCCAGAGAGAAGCAGCACUUAUUUGAUUUGUCUGACAAGGAUUCCUUCUUUGACAGCAAAACAAGAAGCACUAUAGUCUAUGAAAUAUUGAAAAGGACAACAUGUACCAAAGCAAAAUAUAGCAUGGGGAAAGGAGAGGGAAGAAAGAAGGAAACUACCCUUUUAAAUAAAAGACGAAAAUGUGGUAAAUAUGGGAUCACCAGUCUGCUUGCCAAUGGAGUUUACAGUGCUGCAUAUCCUCUGCAUGAUGGUGACUAUGAAGGUGAAAACGUGGAACCCAAUGACAGAAAACUCCUGUGUGAGGAGUGGGCGAGCUACGGAGUGUUUUAUAAAUACCAGCCAAUCGACCUGGUGAGAAAAUACUUUGGAGAGAAGAUUGGGCUAUAUUUUGCCUGGCUGGGAGUUUAUACACAAAUGCUCAUUCCAGCUUCCAUUGUCGGGAUUAUCGUUUUCCUCUAUGGCUGUGCCACUGUGGAUGAGAACAUACCCAGUAUGGAAAUGUGUGACCAGAGGAACAACAUCACCAUGUGCCCCCUGUGUGACAGAACGUGCAGCUACUGGAAGAUGAGCUCUGCUUGUGCGACUGCCCGUGCGAGUCAUCUGUUUGAUAACCCUGCAACUGUCUUCUUCUCAGUCUUCAUGGCUCUCUGGGCUGCCACCUUUAUGGAACACUGGAAGAGAAAACAGAUGCGUCUCAACUACAGGUGGGACCUGACUGGGUUUGAAGAGGAGGAGGAGGCAGUCAAGGAUCAUCCAAGAGCAGAGUACGAAGCUAAAGUUUUGGAAAAGUCACUGAGAAAAGAACACAAACAUAAAGAGAAGCACCGAUAUUUUCCAGAAGAGACAGCAAACAAAUGGAGACAAAGAACAGAUAAAGAAAAGCUGACGUGGAAGGACCGUUUUCCAGCCUAUCUAACCAAUUUUGUUGGCAUCAUCUUCAUGGUCGGGCUGACGUUCGCCAUCGUGUUCGGAGUCAUCAUCUACCGCAUCUCCACGGCCGCCGCCUUGGCCAUCAGCUCCACGCCCUCGGGGCGCUCCAGCGUCCGCGUCACCGUCACCGCCACCGCCGUCAUCAUCAACCUGGUCGUCAUCAUCAUCCUGGACGAGGUCUACGGCUGCAUCGCCCGGUGGCUCACGCAGAUUGAGGUGCCAAAAACUGACAAGAACUUCGAGGAGAGGCUGAUUUUCAAGGCUUUCCUGCUGAAAUUCGUCAACGCCUACACCCCCAUUUUCUACGUCGCCUUCUUCAAAGGCCGAUUUGUUGGACGUCCAGGUGACUACGUCUACAUUUUCCAUUCUUUCCGGAUGGAAGAGUGUGCUCCGGGCGGUUGCCUGAUGGAGUUGUGCAUCCAGCUCAGUAUUAUCAUGCUGGGCAAGCAGCUGAUUCAGAACAAUUUGUUUGAGAUUGGCAUCCCAAAAAUGAAGAAAUUUAUCCGAUACUUGAAAUUAAAGCGUCGGCGCUCUCUGGACCAUGAAGAGCACAUGAAAAAAAAGCAGCGUUAUGAAGUGGACUAUAACCUGGAGCCUUUUGCUGGGCUCACCCCUGAAUACAUGGAAAUGAUUAUCCAGUUUGGGUUUGUGACUUUGUUUGUUGCGUCCUUCCCUCUGGCACCUUUGUUUGCUUUAUUGAACAACAUCAUUGAAAUCCGUCUGGAUGCCAAAAAGUUUGUUACUGAGCUGAGGAGACCGGUAGCAGUGAGAGCAAAGGAUAUAGGAAUCUGGUAUAACAUCCUCAGAGGGAUUGGAAAGCUUGCUGUCAUCAUAAACGCAUUUGUGAUCUCAUUCACAUCCGACUUCAUUCCACGCCUCGUGUACCUGUACAUGUACAGUGAGAAUGGCACCAUGCAUGGCUUCGUCAACCAUACACUAUCCUCUUUUAAUGUCAGCGAUUUCCAAGCAGGAACAGCUCCAAACGACCCCCUGGAUCUUGGCUACGAGGUCCAGAUAUGCAGAUACAAAGAUUAUCGAGAACCCCCCUGGUCUGAAAACAAAUAUGACAUUUCAAAGGAUUUCUGGGCUGUCCUAGCAGCAAGAUUAGCCUUUGUGAUAGUUUUCCAGAACUUGGUCAUGUUUAUGAGUGACUUUGUGGACUGGAUUAUCCCAGACAUUCCCAAGGACAUUAGUCAGCAGAUUCACAAAGAGAAGGUUCUCAUGGUGGAGGUCUUCAUGAGGGAGGAACAAGGGAAGCUGCACAUGCUCGAAACCUGGAAAGACAAGGACAAGAGAAAAGGUGAAAACUGUAACAAUCACAGCCCCAGACUCUCCAGGAGCCACAGUGGGAGCUUGUCCUCCUGCCAUUCCUAUCCUCUGGAUGUGUAGAGGAGGAGGGAGCUGAGUAUGUCGGGGCAUUCCACAAAGACACAAAGGGCAGGACUCGAGUAAUGGACAACCUGGUGCAUGUUGAAGGAUGUGCUGCCAUUUCGCUCCCAUCUUUGUGAGAAAUGCCCUUCUUGCAGACAUGGAGGACCACAUUCUAUUUCUGGUAACGUUCUUUUUCUUUUGCACAAGCAGUAAAUGCAGGGAAUUUUUAUAUGUCAUCAUUAGGUAACACUCUUGAUGUUGGCGUGCAUUAAUAAAUGCAGGUACUUAGUACAUCUUGCUAGAGGUAUUCUCUGAGAAUUUGACCUUAGCCUAUUAAUUAAUGGAUGAAGUAAAAGGUAAAUUUUAAAUAAUAAUAAUAACAAAAUAUUUUUGGAAACCCAGGUUUGAAGGUCCAUGGGGUAACUUGAUAAAUUAUAUGCAAAAUCAGCUCUAGAGUGGAGAGAACCCACGUAAAGCCUCCCAGACUGACUCGCUUUCCAAGACUGGGUUUAGCUCUGUGCCUGAAACAAGCAGAGCUUCAGUGUCACACCAGGUGUUUAGGCACUUGUGGCAACUUGCUGUGCAUCCAAGACCUUCAGAACCAUCAGGAAAGGGAAUCUGGAAAGUCUUUUUUUUUUUUACCACUGAGCGACUGAUGCGGAUGGAGCUACCCCGGUGCCCCAGGCUGCAGUUCCCAGCAGCUCCCUCCCCUCGUGGCCAGGCAGCAGCAGCAGCACAAUUUUGGGAUCCUCCCAGCAGGGAGAUGAUCACAGAGCAUUUUGGGAAAUGCCCUGAACUAACGAGCACACGUGGAGCUCCAGUGACUCACACUGCCCUGCCCAGUACUCGGACACUGUUGUUGCUGAGGAAAAUCCCCUUUUCCCUGUUGUUUUAGCACAUCCCCUUUUCCCAGCCAGGUUUUCCCCUGUAGCCCUGUGUCCUCUGCAGGAGAAGGGAGUCUCUGCAGCCCAGUUUCUCCCACAGAUUUUUCUGCUGUCGAAUGGCAUUUCCCAGAGGCUGUGCCAGAGGAGUUAAACCCAAAACGUGUCCCACUCACUGUCUUCAGUGGAAGUUUUGCCUGCACUGGGGCUACAGGACCAGACCUUCAGUUAGUUACAGGACUCUUCUUUUGUCUUAAAAUACUCUAUCUUUUGUACAAGGAGCUUCCCUAAAGUAUAAGUGUAAAAUCCUUACCUACCAUGCCUAGUUAAACCCCAUCAGUACAACUCUUUUUAAGCAUAAUACAUUUUAGUUUUGCUUUGUCAACCGAUAAAACUGCACUUCCAAAUAAUAUUGGUGCAAUUAACCUAAUUUCUUUUAUUGCUUUGUCUUGUCCAUGGCACUUGCAUUGCAAAUAUAAAACUGAAAAAAAAGAAAAUAAAAAGGAAAGAUUUCUUUAGAGUCUAACUACUGUAUGGUUUGUUAAAAAACCAAAAGUCAAAAGGCUGUUUUCAAGAGAAGUUGGUUAUUUCUUUUUUCCUUUUCCUUUUUUUUUUUUUUGCCAAACUAAUUUAAAGAUUAAUGCUAGAACUUUAAAAAAAAAUUGCCAUAUUUAGCUUUUGAUAUAUUUAUUUGUUUUAAAGUAUGUGAUAAACUUGAUAUUUUUCUGUAGUCUGUCCAAAGAAGGUACCAGAAGAGAAAUUAUGUGGAAGAAAGAAAAUGGUAUUAACCAAAUAUUCUUGAAGCUUAUUUAAAAUAUUGAUCCAACCAAAGAUUUUUAUUAAUAAAGGGCUUAUAUUUUGUUAACUCUUGUUUCUGUUGUAUUUUGACUUGCAGGAAUGUCACUAUUUUUAAAAUUUGUAACUUAUGAUAGUGUGUUACUGGAGGGCCAAAUCCUGCCUGAUUUAUUCCCACGUAAGUGUUAUUCCUGGUAGUGAGUGUUUUACCAGAUCAGGCCCACUGACUGCAAAAGGACUGUGAGUGGGAAUAAUUCAAGCAGAAUUCUGUCCACACAUCUUGUUGAAAACAUGUUCUUCCUCUCAUUCCUUGGUAGCCCAAAAGAUCCAGAAGAAAGACAAACCUGAACUACCUGUUCUGAAGAGAAAUCUUAGGGAACGUCCUUGAAGGGGGAUUUAAUCUGUAAAUACUCACCUGAAAGUAUUCCCAACUUAAUACUGACAUUCCUGUAAAUGAUAGAACUAUAUCCUGAACACAUACUUAGCAGAGUUUUUCAUUAUUUGCUGAAAUCAUGAAAUAGUAAAAGUUGCUUAUACUUUCUUUUGUACAGUAAAUUGUUGGAAAUGGAAUUUUGUAUAUAAAAAUCUGUACUACUACUUAGAUAUCUAUAAAAUUCUUUCAUGGAAUCAUUUUUUUUAAGAAAAGCAAAUAUAUACUAAAUCUGUUUUA